AUGGGCGCAACAACACUCACAGUAUUCGGCGUCAUCGCCUUGGCUUCGAUGGUACUAGGGCAACAAUUUCCCGGAAAUUUCCCUGGCAAUGGCAACGGCAACGGCAACGGAAAUGGGUUUGGAAAUGGCAACGGCGGCAACGGUUUCGGAGGAAACUUCAACAAUUUUGUCGGCUUCAACAUUCAGGAGGCGAUGCACACAAGAAGAAUCCACGGCAUAUUAGGAACAAUCGCCUUCGUCAUCGUGUUUCCCAUCGGCUCGAUCGCCAUGAGGAUCAUUCCCGGACGCUUCAGCUGGCUUAUCCACGGUCUCAUCCAGAUGGCCGGCUUCGUUCUCUACAUCGCUGCUGCCGCACUGGGUAUCAAGUUGACGCAGCAAGUCACAUUUGGUGGAACAAGUUUGUAUGAGAUCAGCACCAUUAACUUCCACCCAAUUAUCGGCCUUGUCCUCCUGGCCAUCUUCUUCUUUCAACCCAUUUUCGGCUACAUCCAUCAUGUUCAAUUCAAGAGGUACGGCAUCCGUCAAAUCUGGUCACACAUCCACCUGAUCAUUGGCCGCCUCCUCAUUCCGCUCGGCAUCAUCAACGGCGGUCUUGGCCUAUACAUCUCUAACUCUCCCAAAGAGUUCAAGAUCGCCUACGCCAUUCUCGCUGCCGUAUUUGGCAUUACAUGGAUCUUCGUCUCGGUCAUCAGCGAGAGCCGUCGCAGCCGCCAACCGGCCGUGGUGGUCGUCGAGGAACACAAGCUCAGGAAACGGUCCCAUGGUCGCAACAGCGGAAGCCGGGGCUCGUCGGAUUCGGACCCGAAGAUUUGA